AUGGGGGGCACAAUAUCAAAAUUAUUGACUGGCCUGAUCUGGGGCAAGAAAGACAUUCGGAUAUUGAUCCUUGGUCUUGACAAUGCUGGCAAGACUACUCUCCUAUACAGGCUGAAAAUCGGCGAAGUAGUGACGACGAUACCAACCAUUGGAUUCAACGUCGAAUCCGUCCAGUAUGGCAACCUAAAUUUCGAUGUGUGGGAUCUUGGUGGCCAGACCUCCAUACGGCCAUACUGGAGAUCAUACUACGCCAACACAGCGGCCGUGAUAUUCGUCGUUGACUCGACAGAUAUUGAGCGCUUGGAAAUUGCCGCCGACGAGUUGCGAUCAAUGUUGAACGAAGACGAACUGAAAGACGCCGCACUCCUAGUGUUUGCAAACAAGCAAGAUCAACCGGGCGCACAAGGGGCGGGAGAAAUUUCCGAAGCUCUCAAACUGGGUGAGUUGAGAGAUCGGAAUUGGAGCAUCGUCGCAUGCUCGGUAAUCGACGGCAAAGGCAUUAAUGAGGGCAUGGACUGGCUUUCUCAAACGGUACAAUCAGACUCGUGA